UGGUUGUUAAACGGUUCAGACCCAGACGUGAGUUUUUCCAGUUCUGUGAGAUUUGCAAAAGGACGCUGUCCACGUACCAAGGCGGCAGACUUCUUCGCGGAGCAAUCCUACGCGACAGUACCCACUACAAAUAUCACUGACUGUGAUUUCACAAUUGCGUUCUGGAUGAAAAUCCCCGGCCAUCAUGAUGACAUCCUACGUAACACAGCAGUAUUCACAGCCAUCAGCACUGACAGUAAUCCACUUUUCCUAUCAUUAUCAAAGCAGACGGGAAAGAUCCAUUUUAUUUGUGGACAGAUGUUGGGCUCCAAUGGCGAUUCCUUUACCAGGCUAAUCAUUUCGACGGGACAAAUACACUUUGACCAAUGGACUCACCUGGCUGCAACUUGCCAAGAGAAAAAAAUUAGUCUGUACAUUGAUGGAGUGAAACAAAUAGCCUCAAUCAAAAGAAACACCUCUAAUUUAUUCUUCAACUAUCUUUCAAGUAUGGCAGAGCAGAGUAGCUUGAACAAGUUGUAUUACAUUGGAGGUUUGCCAUCCAACGGAGGACUUAGCAUUAGAGGUGUAAAGUUCUUUGGAUCGGUAAUGGAUCUUCACGUCAUUGGAGUAGCAUUUACUCCAGACGAGAUUUACGACUUAUACAAGGAUUACGCACUAGUCAUAAACGUCACAUUAACUGAUGCAAAGGGAGACAUUGUUAACGUCGAGUGGGAGCCGCCGUCAUGUCCGGCAAACAUCAAGCUGUAUUUUGUCCACUACAGGGAAAUCGAUAGCAAAAACUGGAAUGCAAUUGCUGUUUUUUCAAAUGUAACUUCUUAUGAUCUUCAGCUACAAUCCUACAAGGAGUAUGAAAUUACUGUUACCACGAGAGACAUUGAUAAAGAUAUCCCUCGUAAACUAUGGAGGGUUAGAACUCGAGGAGUAAAUCCUGACGAGCAAAAUAACAACACCAGUUACAAAGACAAAAAAAGAUUAAAAGCUCUAAUAAUCACUGGGAGUGUCGCAGCUGUGUUUGCGGUAGCUGUCGGCUUGUUUUGCUACAGAAGGAGACAACUUCGUUCUGUUUUGGAGCAAAGACCGCUUUCAAAGUCAAAAUCUAAAAUCGUUCACUUAUUGCAAUCGGAAGUGAUCCCCGAGAGGGUAACUCUGUUAGAAGAACUGGGACAGGGAGCUUUUGGAAAAGUUCACAAAGGAGUCUUGAAAGAGUUACCAAAAUCUGAAGUCUUCUAUAAACCAAAGAGGGAAAGAAUCAACGAAGUGAGCAGAGAAACUGUUGUUGCUGUCAAAGUGUUACUUGAUACAGCGAGCAAGGACGAUAAAAAACAGUUUCUGCAAGAAAUUGAAUUUAUGAAGAAAAUUGGUUCUCACAGGAAUGUGCUAAGCAUGAUUGGCUACUGGGAAAGGUCAGGACCAAUUAUGCUUAUCCUCGAGUACGUUCCGCAUGGAGAUCUUCUUCAGUGGCUACGAAACAAAAGACAGUAUAUUUCUUCGCAUCAAUAUGCCGUGGGCGACCAAACUCCGUUUACUUGUGAACAGCGAAACAAUGGGGCAACACGAAUAAUUGGCAUGCCAAGGAGAAAUCAGUUGAUAGAAGAUGAUAAAGAAACUAGCUUGAAUGAAAACGCAAUUUCAUUGGAUUCCGAGAAAACUGAGAAAAAUGCGAUCCGUCUUAGCGAGGUGAACAUCAGCUUUUCCCUUGGCAAUGAGCAAUACGGAAAUAAUAAUGAAGGCCUUUCCGCCGAAGAUCUUCUUUGCUUUGCGUGGCAAAUAACUCAGGGAAUGGAUUACUUGGCCAGCAGAGGAUUUGUUCAUCGUGAUCUGGCUGCCCGUAAUGUUCUUCUCGGUGAGGGCAGAACUGUUAAAAUUGCUGACUUUGGACUGUUACGUCGCACAUAUGGUGAAAUAUACGAAGUGAACCAGAUGAAAAAACUGCCAAUCAAAUGGUCAGCACCGGAAGCGCUAUUUUACGGCAGAUGUACCUCCAAAAGUGACGUGUGGUCUUUCGGAGUUCUGUUGUGGGAAAUGGCUACUAUGGGUGGCAUUCCAUAUCCUGGCAUUAGCAAUAAAGAGGUAUACAAUCUUCUCAAGACUGGAUAUCGGAUGGACAAACCAGACAUGUGUUCUGACGAAAUAUACAAGUUAAUGCUGGAAUGCUGGAAGGAAGAUCCUUGCGAAAGACCGACAUUCAGGGACGUGAUUAAAACGCUGGAAGAAAUGAUGACUAAAGACACUCCUUAUUACGACUUCGACAAACUGGACGAGAAUGAUGCUUGUUACGAACAAUUCAUUUCUGACAGCAGUGACACUAGCGAUCCAGAUACUCGGUUAUAAUUUGCUAGUUUCAAAUAAUGCAAAUGAGCUAAAUCUUCAAGGGGUGCAUCAUGCCGGAGCGUCC